AUGAGUGACACUAAGGAAAGAAGUGGGUUUUGCGUCUGGCCGGAUGCGAGACAACUUUGCUUGAGGAAAGGUCUUUUAUAUGGAUUUAUGCGAUUAUUUUCUAUACCUUUAAAAACUUUGCGUGGAGCUAGUCGGUCGUUGAGAGUAGAUCAAUUUUGCAGUGUAGUGAAUCUAUCUUCCUCACUGCAGAUUGAGUUGGUUCCAUGCCUUCGGGACAAUUAUGCAUAUAUUUUACAUGAUGUGGAUACGGGGACAGUUGGUGUUGUUGAUCCUUCCGAAGCUGCGCCUAUUAUAGAUGCAUUGAGUAAGAAAAAUUUAAAUUUGACAUACAUACUGAAUACACACCACCAUCAUGAUCACACUGGUGGAAAUGCAGAGUUGAAAGAAAGGUACGGGGCAAAGGUAAUUGGCUCAGAAAUAGACAAGGAAAGAAUUCCUGGUAUUGAUAUUUAUUUGAGUGAUGGAGAUAACUGGAUGUUUGCGGGCCAUGAGGUGCAUAUAUUAGCUACACCUGGUCACACUGAAGGUCAUGUAAGCUUCUACUUUCCAGGAUCUGCGGCGAUUUUUACAGGAGACACCUUGUUCAGCUUAUCAUGUGGCAAGCUCUUUGAAGGAACUCCUGAACAGAUGCUAUCAUCUCUUAAAAGGAUCAUGUCUUUGCCAGAUGAAACGAGUAUUUACUCCGGUCAUGAAUAUACAUUGAGUAGUUCAAAGUUUGCCUUGUCCGUAGAACCUGAAAACAAGGAACUUCAAUCCUAUGCUGCUCAUGUAGCUCACCUCAGAAAUAAGGGCUUUCCCACGGUUCCAACUACGCUGAAGAUGGAAAAAGCUUGCAAUCCAUUCCUUCGCACAUGGAGCAUGGAAAUCCGGCAAAAGCUAAAUAUUGCACCCACAGCAGAUGAUGCAGAAGCCCUAGGAGUUAUCCGACAAGCAAAGAAUAAAUUUUAG